AUGUCAAACCCGUCGCAGCUCUUCCUUCUCGCCGACCACAUCAAGCUCUCGCUGUUGGAGCGACAGCGCGCAAUUUCUCUUGAUCUCGAGCCGAAUGCGCAAGAUGGCGAAAUCUCCCGCUCCCUCGAGUCACUCCGAGAGGGCAUCCGGACCGUCGAAGCCGAACAAACCCAUCUCACCGAGUCCAAUGAUAGCACCGGUGCCGCUGCUCUGAAAGACCAACUUGGCCCUCUCAAUGACCAACUACGCGACCUAUCAUCCCAGUUCUACGGCACAGACACUGGCUCCUCCAACCCAGAUGCAGAUGUCGCCAAUUGGUCCGCAACAUCGCCCGAUCUCAAACAGCCCGUCCCACAGCAUCCCCCGUCUAAAUCGGUACGCUUCAUGGACAAUUCGGCCGCGGCUGCAGCCGUACAGGAUGAGAUCGACGAGGAAGAGCGGAACCGCCAGAAUCUCUAUCCGUAUCGCGAUGAACCGUCGGCUGUUGAUCAGUCUGACUGGUCCAAUCAGCAAAUCCAUGCCCAUCAUUCGCAGGUUAUUCGCGAUCAAGACGACCAGCUAGACCAGCUUGGAGAGUCGAUUGGCCGACAGCAUGAAUUGAGUAUUCAAAUUGGAGAUGAGUUAGAUGGACAUGUUGCGUUGCUGGAUGGGGUGGAUGAAGAUGUUGAGCGCCACCAGGGCCGCCUGAAUACUGCGCGGCGGCGAAUCGAUCGAUUCCGGCGCCGCGCAGGUGAGAACUGGAGUAUGAUGACCAUUAUUGGGUUGAUUAUUAUCUUGGUUAUUCUCAUUGUGAUUCUGAAAUAA